UUGCCUCUUUUUUUCUGCGACCACUGGGAGCUAUAAAAAUCACAUAUGAGGCUCUACCGCGUAACAGUUUUUCCAAUUGCUUUGUUCUGAGAUCUCGCCCAAAAAUUAAAAUAAUUAUGAAGUUUUUCGUAGCUUUACUGUCAUUCAUCUUCGCUGUGGUUAUAGCCGAUGGCGUCGAUCACGCCGGACAUUCCGGUUAUGUGGUGAAAACCAAUGUAGAUUUGUUACGUUAUCGCGAGGAAUGUGUUUCGCAGUUGAAUAUUCCUUUGGAUCUGGUGAUGCAGUACCAAGAGUGGAACUAUCCGAAUGAUGAGAAAACUCACUGCUACUUGAAGUGUGUUUUAGAGAAAUUCGAACUGUACGAUGCGGAAAAGGGCUUUGAUGUGUACAAGGUCCACCAUCAAUUGGAGGGCGAUAAAGCCGAUCAUACGAAUGCAAUGCACGUGGCUAUUGAUAAAUGCGCCAAGGAAGCCGCUGUUGCUAGCGACGACGCAUGUGUUCGAGCAUAUCGCGGCUUCACUUGUUUCCUCAUGGACUACACACAUUUGAUACCAGCUGGUAACGGUAGCAAGUAGUGCUUGUAAAUAAAAAUAUUUAAUAUAUAAAAAUAUAUAAAUAUAAAGAUUAAACCUUCUAGUUCUGCUCUUGAAUCGACUGAAUAACAUCGAAAUACAUUCAUUCACUCGUAUUUUUAAAACUCA